UGUCGUUCUCGGUCCGGCAGUAUUUAAAGACCGGUUAUAUUAUAACUUAUAACCUGCUCAUUUUCAAUUUUAUUAACGAAUUUAUACUUUAUUCUAAUUUAAUAAAAUGAUUAAAAUUGUUUUGUAAACAAUACUUUGAGAUUUCCGUUUUAAAUUCUAUUUUUAUAAUGUAUUGAGCUGUGCGUGAGAUUGUUUACAUGCGGUUGUGUUAAGCGCCUAUCGUAAAGGCCCAAUGUUUUUGCAGAUUUGACGUUUGACAUCGGAUUUUGGAAUGUUAAAGGAUAGACGGAACUAUGGGUAUUUAAAACAAAUACUAUGUUAAGCUGAUGCACGAAAAAUAUUAAGAAAAAAAAAACGGAAAAUGGUCAAAAUGACCCAUAAAAAUCGAAGAAUCCAGUACCUUGCAGCUUUUUCAGUGUCCCUGGCUUCUAUGACGCUGGGCAUUUCAUCCGCUUGGCCCACUCCUGUGCUGCCCAAACUAAAGAAAGGAAGUUUUGAAAUCACCGACGCAGAAAUAGGCUGGGUGGUGGCGAUGUCUUCUCCAGGGUUCAUAGUGGGUAGCUUAGUUACGCGGUACUUGGCCGACAGGUUCGGCCGGCGGGCAUCAGUUCUCAUCAGUGCCUGCCCCACCGCCGUCGGCACGUUGGUGGUUGCGUUCGCUACUAAGGCUUGGUUACUCUACUUAACCAGAUUUCUGUGGGGAGUAGGAACCGGGAUGGGUAGCACCUUGGUGCCAAUGUAUAUAGGGGAAAUAUCAGACUCCGAAGUAAGAGCUACCCUGUCACUCUUCACGCGGGUCAUGUUCAACCUGGGCUGUCUCCUGGUGAUGAGUAUCGGCAUGUUCGUGUCGUAUGAAUGCCUUAAUUAUAUGCUCCUGGUGUUGCCUGGGGCGUACUUCGUAGCGUGCCUCUGGAUCCCGGAGUCUCCUUAUUAUCUGUUGAAGAGAGGACGGGUGGGAGAGGCAAAAAAUGCGCUGAUGAGGCUAAGACAGCAGAAGGAUGAGAAGGAGUUGGAAGACGAGGUGGCGCGGCUGCAGGCCGACGUCCGCAACGAGACUCGUCGCUCCGGCUCGCUGAAGGAGCUGCUGUGUGGCCGGCAGUAUCGGAAAGCUGUGAUCAUCGGUGCAGGUUUGAAAGUGACUCAAAUAAUGACUGGUUCUCUCGCCGUCCAACAGUACUUAAGCACAAUUCUUGAAGAGAGCAACAUUCACAUGCAGGUGUCUACUGCCGUGAUUGUGUUUGGUGCCGUUCGGUUCGUUGUUGGUAUAAUGAGCUCCAUACUUGUGGACAGAGUUGGCCGUCGUCCGCUCUUAAUAUACUCUCUCUUGGGCACAGGUGUAUCCCUAGGCGCGGUCAGCACGUAUUUCUUUCUAAAAGAUAUCCUCAAACUAAGCCAUGAAUCUCUCAGCUCUUACUCUUUUAUUCCAUUUGCUGGCAUAAUCAGCUCCACAAUCCUUUCGAAUGUUGGUUAUAAUUCUAUUAUUUUUGUAAUACCAGCCGAAAUUUUUCCUUUAAAUGUUAAAGCAGUAGCUUUGUCUUCACUUAGCACAUUUGGAGGUGUAUGUGGGUUCACUUUGGCCAAGGGUUUCCAAGUGAUACAGAACCUGGCGGGGUUCUGUGCCGUGUUCUGGGUGUUCGCAGUCGUAGCUUUUUCUGGAACAAUAUUUACCAUGUUAUAUGUACCUGAGACAAAAGGGAAAAGUCUAAAGGAUAUACAGGUCCUCCUGCAGGGAGACUUGUACUAUGAUGAAGGUUGUGAAAGGUUGAAUGAAGUUACAAAUACUGUAAAAGAUGAUUGUGGAGAUGAGAUGCAAGAGAUACAUCCGAAGGAUGUUAAGUGUUAAUUGAUUAUACCUACGAUAUUGGACUGCCAACAGGAACAAAAAUACAGCGCCGAAUAAGUGAGAGGCCGUUAUCGUCUAGGAAACUGAUAUUCCGUUGGACCCUUAAGUGUAAUAUAAAAAAAAACUAAAAAAUGUUUGUUAAUGUUAAGUAUAAUCGAGAAUUUAUACAAAUAUGGGUGACAAUGCCUGAAAUAAAUGUUCAAUUCAAUUUAUUAAACAUCACAAAAAUAUAUCUCUGAUCUGUGAUAGGUUUGAUCUCACUAUCGCUUGAUAAUUUUGAUAUGUGCUACAAAAUCUUCAUCGGUGGCACACAGUGCGGUGGCGCAGCACACUACAAGAUGUGUAUUAUGUAAAACAAUUACUUACCAUAUACUUAAGUAUAUACGUAUCUGUGCAAAAGUAUCUACCAAACGUAUAAGUCGUUUGGGGAAUAUGGCCAAAUUAUAGGGCCGUGUGCAUGUUUUUGUAAAAUAUGCCUAUAUUGAACUAAACUGCAUGCAUUGAAGUAUUGGGGUCACAAAUACAAUCAAAAAGGUCAUCACAUAUGCUUAGUGCGUUUUCACAUUAUCCGAUGUCGGACCGAUAUCCCAUACAUUACAGGCGCCAACUAGGAUUUUUUCUAUUUAAACCCUUCCGACAUCCGAUAUCGGAUCGGAUAAUGUGAAAACGGUCUUACGUCGAGACCCCAAUUAUGUGAACGAGUGAUUCCACAAUUGCCAUGUCCAAUGAAAAAUCAGCCGUCAACUGCUGAAGAAUCAAUUUUCUUGACCGUAUUAGGUACUUUUGGAAUCUGUAUAUAUAUUUUUUAUAUCAUAACAUUGUGAUACUUAAAAAUUCUAAACGCUGUACUUAAUCAAUGUUUCUACUUGUUUUAUACGAAGA